CCGGAAUGCGCCUGAGAAGUAUUCAACCCUGCGACCUCGAAGUCGAAGAAUCCCACGACACCAUUCAGACUUUGAGAAUCUUUUGAAAUCACAGUACGCCUCAUCGGAAAUGCCUAAAGCCACGACGCCUGUGGGCGAGCGCCAAGGGCGUCGCCACAACCCUCUUGAAGCCGACAUCCUCGGGGGCGCCGGUAUCCUGAGAUCUGGGAAGACAGGGAAGAAAGCAAAGGAAGAGAAAGAAGAGGACCACUUUGUGAAUUCGAAACAAUCAGCGCGCAUUCUCCAACUAGGCCGGGAGCUCGCCGACGAGGACGACGACCAGAACAAGCCCGCCGCGGAGUCGCGAAAGAGCGCUUUCGAUGUCGAUUCGCGAUUUGUGCAAGAAGACGACAAGGACGAUAGCAGAUUCGACGACGAGGAAGCAUGGGGCGAGGAGGAGGAGAUCGAGCUCGAGGGCGCCGAGGUCGCACCUGAGGACCUGGCGAUGUUCAACAAGUUCCUGACAGCCGACGAGGAUCCGCUGUUGAAGCACGGCUGGGACCGGAAACCCGCCGACGGCGAGGAGCAACAAGCAGGGACGAAUCUGGCGGAUUUGAUCAUGCAAAAAAUUCAGGCGUUCGAAGCCGGCGGAGGGAACCAGGAGGACGUGGGUGGCAUGGAAGACUUCCCUGAAGAGGAUCUGCACCCCAAGGUCAUUGAGGUCUAUGCGAAGUGCGGCAUGAUCCUGAGCCGUUGGAAGAGCGGGCCACUUCCGAAACCUAUGAAGAUUCUUCCGACAGUCCCUGACUGGGAGAGGAUUGUCGAGGUCGCACAACCUGAGAACUGGACUCCAAAUGCGAUUUAUGGUCUGACCCGUAUCUUCGCCUCGGCGAAGCCAGCUGUGGUCCAGCGAUGGCUCGAGAUAGUGGUGCUGCCUCGGGUGCGGGACGAGAUCUACGAGACGAAGAAGCUGAAUGUUCACCUGUACAACUCGCUCAAGAAGAGUUUAUACAAACCAUCUGCCUUCUUCAAGGGAAUCCUGUUCCCCCUCGUCGGCUCGGGCACGUGCACGUUGCGCGAGGCUCACAUCGUUUCCUCCGUCAUGGCCCGCGUCUCCAUCCCCAUUCUACACUCGGCAGCAGGACUGAAGGGGCUUUGCGACCUGGCGGCCCAGCAAGCCUCUAAUGGCGAAAACGCUGCUGCCACAAAUGUCUUCAUCAAGUGCUUGCUCGACAAGGGGCUGGCAUUGCCGUACCAGGUCAUUGACGCGCUGGUGUUCUUCUUCCUGCGAUUCAGGUCGGUCGACCCUGCGGCUGUAAAGGAGGCCGAGGCUAUGGAGAGGCCAUCAGAAUCAAAGAUUGGGCGUCAACUGCCGGUGUUAUGGCAUCAGUGUCUCCUGAGUUUCGCUCAGAGGUAUCGAAACGAUAUCAACGAGGACCAACGAGAGGCUUUACUCGAUUUGCUACUCACCCACGGUCACUCUGCCAUCGGACCUGAGAUCAGGAGGGAGCUGGUUGCAGGUCGUGGCAGAGGUGUCCCAGUCGAGCCACAGGGGCAGGCUUUUGAUGGAGACGAUACCAUGCAGAUUGAUUGAUCCUGAUAGAGGAGCUAUCUGGAUUUCGAUGAUGGAUGAAUACCCGCACGGCAUCUGGUAUUUACCAGAUUUUUAAGGCAUGGAAAAUGAGUAGUAGGGGAAUGGCGUUGCGGAGUUCAGGUGGGCAUUGCGUUCACGUUCUUUUCUGCAAUGUCGAGGGCCGAGGGCCCAUCUUCGUGGUACCGGCAGGCCAUUCUGUCUAGUGGCAGGUUGCCCAUGAAUAUAAGCAUCUUGAAGUAGUCCAAAAUUUGAGGUUUGCUGUGUUUCUCUAUCUUCACUUACCACACGUGGCUACCAUGGUCUACUCAGAAAAAGCCUCUAAGGUUAGAAGUCUCUAGAUUUGAGAUAGAAUCAUGCAACCCAAUUGCCACCAGA